AUGGAUCAUACAAAUCAAAGACAAAAGCUGGAUCGAGGCGGCGGAGGCGUCGGCGGGUGGUACGGUAACGGCUUGGCCGACGAGUGGCCAUCGUCUUCGUACAACGAUCAUCAUCAGGUGCCCGGACCGUCGAAUUAUCCAGAACAUUCUAUGGCGCCAGGCCCCGCCCCCUAUGGUCGCACGACGUCAGUGAUGAAUUCGACGGGAAGGAAUACGAUGGGAUACCCAUCGGGUAUCCCUCCUAAUACAUCGAUUUCUGCAAUGUCGAGACGGCCGUUGCAAAGACAACACCGCUCAAUGGACGGGUUAGGCGUCCUGGACGCCUACAAAGACUCCCUGGACUACGAUACCCUGAUGCAACCAGUGGGGACAUCCGGAAAACCGAUGCACCAACCGUCUUACCUCCCUCUGGAAAUAUCCACAAGCCAUCAUCAUCACGGUGCUCAUCCGAGCCAAUUCACACGUGGCAACUCGUUGGCUCUGUCGAAUCCGAUACCGACGCAAAACGCGUUUUGGCAGCAUAAUAAUAGCAUGACCACCACGACGGCUCCCGGAGCCCCCCAAGACUACGAUAUGAUGCAAGCGGGAAUGUCGAGGAAUCAUCCGACGAAUAAUAUGAAUUUGGCGCGGGAGUAUGAGCAAUUGAAAGUCGAGUACAAUACGAUAAUGGAGAAGUUGAAUCAGACGAUGAAUAGUAUUAAGACUUUUUGGAGUCCCGAGCUCAAACGAGAACGACAAAUGCGACGUGACGAAGCCAAUCGGAUAGCCCAAUUAGAGCGGAUUGUGCAGUCAGGAGGUGGUGGGAUGAGUGACUACGGGAUGGGCAGUAAUGAAGCUCUCCAACUCCGCAUGGAACUCCGCGAACGCGAAGAACGUAUCCGUCAACUCACCACCGCUCUCGAGACAGGAAGCUCCGCCCACAUGGACGGUCGGAUGGAUGGUCGGGUCCGAGAGUUGGAGGACACAAUCAUGAGACUUCAAGACCUGCUAACCACAAAAGAGACGCAAGCAAUGAUGGCGUCGCAGGAUCCUUCCGGACGCCAAGCCAUCGAAAACGCGCUCCGUCGGAUAGACGAAAAACAGGCGCGGAUCGUCGAAUUGGAGGAGGAGCUUAUGCGACAACGGAUGGGAAGGAGCAAUCAGCCAAGGGAUUUUACGGAUAAGAACUUGUCAGGGCAUGAGAUAACCACUAUGCGGAUGAAAAUGGAUAGGAGUGAGGUGGAGUUGGCGGAGAAGAAGCAAGAGUUGUUGGGGUGUCAGACACGAAUGCAGUCUGCCGAGGAGACGGCGAACGAGAUGAGGGGACACUUGACACUUUUGAAGGAUCAGUUGACGAAUAGGGAGCAACAUAAUACACUGUUACAAGGGGAUGUUGAUGCGUUAAGGCAGAAAUUGGAUUCAAAGAAUAAGCAAUUGGAGCAAAAGGAUGAACGGAUCGGGGUGCUGGAGAGGGAGCUGUCGGGCGCCAAGGCGGACACAUCGGAUAAGACUGAGCUGAUACGCCAGACAGAGAUCAAGACUUCUCAACUGAUAGGGCGGAUUGACGGUCUGGAAAAUACAGUUAGAGAGAAGGAACAGGAAUUAGACCGCGCAAAAAUUCGAUUGCUAAGUCACCCGGACGUAGUAAAGGAGCGUGAAAUGACUGAAAAGAUUGAGCAAGGAGAGCGUGAGAGAGCACGACUCCAGGAGCAUAUCGACCAGGUCCGGAGGAAUUCCGAGAAGGAGCAUUUGGAGCAACAAAAGUCAUAUCAAAACGAGCUGACUCUGCUGAGAGGGACUAUCGACAAUCUGCAAAAGGAGUUGGCGGAUCGAGAUAUUCUUUUGGAGAGUCAAAAUGAGAAGAUUGGAGAUAUGAGUCGGGAUUUGUCCACGGCGAAGAAACGAUUGGAUGAUGCGAUGGUGGAUAAAGGGACGGAUGAGUUGAGACUUGAUGUGGAGGGUGCGAGGAAUGAGGUGGAGAAGCUUCUGAAGAUGGUGCACAAUCUGGAAAAGGAGAAUUUGACACUGACCGCUCAGUGUAAGCAAAUGAGCAGUGAGAAACGAGAUACGGUACCUGGAAGUGUUGGGACAGGAACGCUAACAAGGUCUACCAGUAGCCAAUCGAACAUGCAUAAGCGAAUUGAGGAGUUGGAGGAAGCUUUGAGAGAAUCUGUAUCGAUUACUGCAGAAAGAGAAGUGCAUUUGAGUCAGCAGAAACAUCAUUUGCAGCAGGUCUCAUCGCAAUUGAAUGAGGCGAGGAAGGAAAUCUCCGACCUCCGUCGCACCAAACAAAAUCUCUCUGAAACCGGGGACCGUGAUCAGAUAAUAAGAGCUAUCGAGACUGAAAGACGCCAGCAUUUGGAGCAGUUGUUCCAGUUGAAACAAGAAGCACUUCUAGCCGCUAUAUCUGAAAAGGACACCCACUUGGCCUUACUGGAGAAGUCACGUGGUCCACGUGACGAAAUUGAGACGAUUCGAAGGCAUAAAGACGCGUUGAUCAGAAAGUUAAAGCAGGAGAAUGAGAGACGCGCCCUGGUCGCCCACCCCGACCCGGCCAUCUCUAUGAACGCUAUGGCAAGUGUCAUUCCUGGAGCACCCCUCCCUGCUCCAAUUAUCCCCGGAACCAUCGGAAUCCCACAGAGUCAUCAGAAUAGUCAUCAGAAUCACGACGACGAUGCCGAUGGAAUUUGGGCUUAA